AUGAUAGCCAUAGUUACUGAGAAGUGCCUCAUUCCGCUCUAUGGCGUGCAGCGCAAACAGGCCACAGGAACCGUCAGCCAUGUAGACCAGAUUCACGUUCGGGUUGCAAGAAUGAUUGACCAAAGACAACAACGGGAAAAGCCCACUUCCAAUGGAGAAUGGGACAAUGUCGUGUACGGCGAUUCAAUGUGA